UUUGACCCCCCUGAAAAAUAACGUUUUAAACUGAUAGACACUAAAAACUAGGCUUGAAGUAGUCUGCAAGAGAAGUUUGGAUAAAUCCAAUUAGUGACCUUAAUUAGCUAAGGUCAAGUGGUUCCAGCCUCCUCUGAAUUUAUAGUAUCUAUGAUCAAGCUACCUAAUUGAAAUUGAAGAUUGAGCCACUCCCUCCCAUAAAAACUUGCAAAAGCACAUGGCUAGCUUGAUCGACCAACUUCCAGAGCUAGCUAGCUGGAGCUAAAUUUAUCCCAGAUCAUGACCUCUACCAAACGUGUACUCUCCAUCCAAAGCCAUGUUUCCAGAGGCUAUGUAGGAAAUUGUGCUGCAACAUUCCCUCUACAGAUACUUGGAUACGAUGUGGACACGAUACAUUCUGUUCAGUUCUCGAAUCACACAGGUUAUAAAGUGUUCAAGGGACAAGUUCUUGACUCAGCCAAUCUUGCCGAUAUCAUUGACGGACUUCGCAGUAAUAAUCUGUUAAACUAUUCACAUCUUCUCACAGGGUAUGUUGGAGCCAAGUCGUUUCUUGAGCAGGUGCACUCGCUAGUAUUGGAGCUGAAGGCAAACAAUAAGGACAUGAUGUUUGUGUGCGACCCAGUCAUGGGGGACAAUGGGAAAUGGUAUGUACCCCAAGAACUGCUGCCUGUGUACAGAGACCAGUUGAUACCAUUGGCUGAUGUCAUCACACCAAACAAGUUCGAAGCAGAAUUGCUCUCUGGAAUAUCAAUAAAAACUGAAGAAGAUGGAAUGAAGGUAAUUGAAUUUCUCCUUUCUUUGGGAGCAAAGGCAGUUGUCCUCACUAGCAUGGAGCAUGAGGUCAAGCCUGAUGUGUUGGUGUUACUUGCCAAGAAACAGACAGGUGAAUGUGCAAGAGUUGAAAUGCCAAAGAUUCCUGCCCAUUUUACGGGAACAGGAGACCUAUUCUCUGCUCUACUAUUAGCCUGGAGUCAUGAGCCGUUGCAGACUGCUUGUGAGAAAACCGUGUCCACAGUGCACUUGGUAUUACAAAGAACAUUACGACACGCAUUAGAGCUUUCUGGUGGUGCCACUCCCACUGCAGAGCAGAUAGAGCUCAGACUGAUUCAGAGCAAAGAGGACAUUGAGAGACCUCCUCUAAUUAAUAAACUCUUAUUUUAACUUUUGUUGUUUUUUUUAGUGUUUUUUUCAUAAUGAAUUACAAUAAUGGACAUUAAUUUAAUA